AUGCCCCGCCUCCUCACAUUGAAUGAGACACCUGCCAGUCUGAUUCCAAUAUAUCCCAGUGUGGCGGCUGCUUCGCCAGGUGAAGAAGUAAGAUCUCUUCUUGCCGAGUUGUCUGGCUCUGGAGACGAGUCCACAGAGAAUGAAUCAGACGCCUUUCUCCUGGCUUGCCGGGACUACGCGAAAAAGAGCAAGAGCAAAAUCCAAACUAUCAUGCGUCAGAUUAGGCAAGUCAUUAAAUCUCCUUGUAUAUUAUAG